AUGUCAACCACAACACCCGCACCCUCUCCCGCCACCACCCACUUCCCACAAUUCGGUCUCCUCCCCCUCGAACUCCAACGCAAAAUCUGGCGCUCAACCUUCCCCUGCUCCCGCACCAUCUCCCUCUCCUACAACAUAUCCGCCCUCGAAGCCUCUCGCUCGCCACCCCCCAUCACCCUGUGUAUCUGCAGCGAAUCACGUGCUGAAACCUUGUUACACUAUACGCUGAUCUAUCGCUCGGAAUUCCCGGGGUCGAGGGGGAAAAUGGGUGGGAAUUGUGGGGUUCUUUUGAGUAGGGCGAUGAGACAGCCGAUUUGUUUGAGGGUGUUGGGUGGUGGUGAUGAUGGGGAUGGUGAUGUGGUGGGGUUUCAGGCGGGAGAUUUGUGUGGGGCUGAGAGGGGGAGGAGGAGGUUUGCGGAGUGGGUGGGGUUUUUGGAGGGGGUCGAUCAGGAGGUGGGUGGGAGGAGAGCGAGGGGAGGAAUCCUAGGGAGGAUUAGGGGGGUGGAGUUGGAGGGGCUGGAUUGGGAAAAUACUAUGUAUGUGAAUCUAAAGUAUCAGGAGGCACUAGGGUGUAAGGAGGUAGGGGAGGAGUAUGAGGGACAGGGAGGGGUGGAGACGUGGAAAGAGUUGAGUUAUGGGGCGUUGCUGAGGUUGGGGGGUUUAAAGGAGGUGAGGUGUAGAUAUGCUCAUGUGGAGUAUAUGGGGAAUUUUGAGGAGCAGUUGAGGAGGUUCUUGGGGUUUCAUAAGGAGGUUUGGGGGGGAAGGGUGCCGAUUGUUAGACGGUUGGAUUGA